UUUCAGUAACCACAUUUCAAAGCUGGCAGUUUGAGAAAGCCCUGGUGUGAGCUUGCCAGGAUCUCCAAAGCUCCUUUUUACACCUUAAGCCCCCAACUGUCUCUGAGACUUGUGCUCCAUGACUUUUGUGAUCUAUGUGCUAUCCCAGUUUCAACACUCUUGCUUGGAUAACCUGACUUGUGCUUGGUGGGGAAGCGUGGGAAGAGUCCGAGCCUCCCAUGGGUGGAGGGGGAGCAUGGGUCUGUCCUAUGGGGUUUUGGAGAAGGGCCAGGCAACUCUACCCCGCAGCCCCAGUGACCCGCACGGUAAAGCCCUAGAUUAGGGUGCGGCGCCUAUUACACCUGGUAAGCCAAGCGGGGUGGGUGGCCUGAGGUGAGGUCUUGAAAAGAUUUGCGUCCUAGUUGAGGCAUUGGGAGGCGGGGCGGUAGCCCUGGAGUACAGUUUGCCUCUGAAGGUAGGUACAUAAGUAGGAGUGGCACAGUCACUUCCGCUCGGUCCGGUCAAGAUGGCGCUCAUAGUUGGAAUGCACUCCGUGGUCCGUGCCUUGCUCUGCACCCGGGCUGGGCUUCCGGACGCGGCCUUCUGGUGGAAAGAGCGGGCGACCUGCUGCAAGGUCCCUGCGCGGCGUUUCGGAAGUCAGCGCCAGCUGGUGGUGGUGGAGCCAAGUUCCACUGCAGGGAUUGCUGUGUUGAAGCUCAAGAACCCCCCAGUGAACAGCUUCAGCCUAGAGUUUUUGACGGAGUUAGUCAUCAACCUGGAGAAACUGGAAAACGACAAGACCUUCCGAGGCAUCAUCAUAACUUCGGACUGCCCCAAGGCCUUCUCAGCUGGCAUAGACCUGAGGGAAAUAUGCGGGAAGGACCCAGCAUACUACACCGAGUACUGGAAGGUUUUACAGGAUCUGUGGCUGCGGCUCUACUUGUCCAACCUGGUGCUGAUUAGCGCCAUCAAUGGACCCUGUGCUGCUGGAGGCUGCCUAAUCCCCCUCACCUCUGACUACCGGAUCCUGGCUGACAACCCCAAGUGCCUCAUUGGGCUGAAUGAGACCCGGCUGGGCAUUUCCGUCCCCUUCUGGUUCAAAGAUUCCCUCGUGAAUAUCAUUGGGCACCACGCUUCGGAGCAUGCACUGCAGCUGGGGUUGCUCUUCCCACCAGCAGAGGCCCUCCAGGUGGGCAUUGUGGACAAGGUGGCGCCCAAGGACCAGGUGCAGAGCACAGCUCUCUCAGUUAUGGCCCAGUGGUUGGCCAUUCCAGAUCACGCUCGGCAGCUGACCAAGAACAUGAUCCGAAAGCCCACGGCAGACCUCCUGGUGAAACGUCGUGACACGGACAUCCAGAACUUUGUCAGCUUUAUCUCCAGAGACUCCAUCCAGAAGUCCCUGCAGAUGUACUUAGCAAAGCUCAAACAAAAUAAAGACUAAGGGCUGGGCUGCCCGCACAGGGUUUAGGCAUAUACAUCCUUCUAGGGGAUUCUCUGGUCCUAAGGUGUUUUAAACAAGGUAUUUUCCAAUUUAAAAGUU